AUGUCGGACAACGAAUCGUCACCCUCCUCGUCCUACUGCUUGUUGUCGAAUGGGAACCUCCAUUUCCUCCCCUACUCGAACUCGAAGAACGACCAGGCGACAUACCAGCACUACCCGUUGUACAGCACGUUCCUAAACAACAAAACGGUGUCGUCCUUCGACUCCUGCGCCAGCGCCACCAACAACAACGCCGGUGCCAGCGGUACCCAACACCACAACCACAACAGUAGCAAUCUCACCAAACAGGCCGCCAACACCAGCCGGCUACUCAAUCUAUUGGAGAACUACAAGUCGCAUGCAAUCUACUUGCCCGACCACUAUAUACCCUUGGAGGAAGACGGCGACCAGAAGGAGAAGAUCAAGUCGUUGCUGCUGAAGAUCUUCAACCAUUGGAACACCGACGAGGGACAAAUACAGAUCAAAAAGCUAACAGGAGGCAUCACCAACAUGCUGCUCGAAUGCACAUACACGAGCGACCGCACCAACGAUACAGAGAAAGUCUUGGUGAGAACCUACGGGAACGGAACAGACCUCAUAAUAGACAGAGAUCGGGAGUUCGUCUCCCAUCUCGUGCUCAACUCCCUCAACCUUGCCCCCUCGAUCCAUGCCCGUUUCGGCAACGGCCUGGUAUACGGGUACAUAGAGGGCCGUUCUCUCAAGUUCGAGGAGUUGUCUAAUACAGGAGUAUACCCGCUCAUCGCCUCCAAGCUCGCUUGUUUGCAUAAAUUGACAGACGUUCACACGAUAGACGAAUCCCUUUAUAAGCUCAAACAGAAGUUUCAGUUGGGCUCUUCACAUUCCUCAUCCAACCCGUCGCCGGUUUCCUCUCCAUCGCCCUCUCCAGCCCCUUCCUCCUUUACAACAUACUCCCAAACAAACAUAUGGUCCGUGUUGUCGGACUGGGUCCAAAAGCUACCUCACAUACCUGCCAUGGAAAAUCUAUGUCUCCAAAAUAAAGACAUCAUUGCAGACUCAAACCGAACUGGAAAUUCCACUCUUGUGAAAAUCCUCUCCGACGAAAUAAGCUGGUUGAAGCAGGAAAUAGACAAUCUAUCGGUAACAGUGACCUCCCACAAUGACCUUUUGUCAGGCAACAUCAUAAUACCUUCCUCGUUAGACCUCGAUUCUUCCCAAGAAAACUUCAUACGUUCGGCUGAAAAGUUUGAUUCGAAUCCUCUCUCUUUCAUAGAUUACGAAUACAUGAUGCCUGCACCUCGUGCGUUUGACAUAGCAAACCAUUUCAUGGAAUGGCAAGGAUUUGAUUGCGAUAAGUCAAAAGUGCCCCAAUUUAAGUACAAUCCACAAACGAAUAACUACGAAAAUGAAACAGUUUUCAAAUGGUGUCAAUAUUAUAUACCCGCCUUCCAUGCUUCAAACCCAGACUUGAACCCUUACUACUCAAGCAAUUUCCAUCCUUCCAACAACAAAGCAAUUGGUGACAACACAAUACAGCAACUGGUCAAUGAAAUAGCUUAUCAUUACGGAAUGCCAGGUCUAUACUGGGGGAUAUGGGCAGGAAUUCAAAGUGAAAUCUCUCUCAUAGAUUUCGACUAUUCCAGUUACUCUUGUGAGAGAUUAGUUGAGUAUUGGAACUGGAAACGGACUUAUCUCUCAAAUAGGAGUUGA